UUGAAGAAGUUUGGGGGAAAAAAGUUUGGAAAAGUUUCUAUAAUAACGAGGGGGCGUCCAGAGGGAGGCGGCAGCGGCAGAGGAGGGGGCGUCUCAUUGAAAGGGAGGGAGGGAGCCACCGGGCGAAGAUACUGCAGCCUCCUGAGCUCCCCCUCCCACCCAGGCCAGAUCCUGGGGGCUCUGUCCGGAUCCAUGGGGGCAGCGAGCUGCGAGGAUGAGGAGCUGGAGUUUAAGCUGGUGUUCGGGGAGGAAAAGGAGGCCCCCCCGCUGGGCGCGGGGGGGUCGGGGGAAGAACUGGACUCAGAGGAUGCCCCACCAUGCUGCCGGCUGGCCCUGGGGGAACCUCCUCCCUAUGGCGCAGCCCCCAUUGGCAUUCCUCGACCUCCGCCCCCGCGGCCUGGCAUGCACUCACCACCACCGCGCCCCGCCCCCUCACCUGGCACUUGGGAGAGCCAGCCAGCCCGGUCGGUGAGGCUGGGUGCACCAGGAGGGGGCGCCGGGAGUGCUGGGGGUGGCCGUGUUCUCGAGUGUCCCAGCAUCCGCAUCACCUCCAUCUCUCCCACUCCUGACCCGCCGGCUCCGCUGGAGGACAACCCUGACGCCUGGGGGGACAGCUCUCCCCGAGAUUACCCCCCGCCCGAAGGCUUUGGGGGCUACCGAGAAGCAGGGGGCCAGGGCGCGGGCGCUUUCUUUAGCCCAAGCCCUGGGAGCAGCAGCCUGUCCUCCUGGAGCUUCUUCUCCGACGCCUCGGAUGAGGCCGCCCUGUAUGCUGCCUGCGACGAGGUGGAGUCAGAGCUCAACGAGGCAGCCUCCCGCUUUGGCCUGGGUUCCCCGCUGCCCUCACCCCGGGCUUCCCCGCGGCCUUGGACCCCUGAGGAUCCCUGGAGCUUGUACGGUCCUAGCCCGGGAGGAGGCAGGGGGCCGGAGGAAAGCUGGCUCCACCUCAGCGCCCCAGGGCCUACCCCAACCUCCCCUCGGCCUGCAUCUCCAUGCGGCAAGCGGCGCUAUUCCAGCUCGGGAACCCCAUCUUCGGCUUCCCCAGCUCUGUCCCGCCGUGGCAGCCUGGGGGAAGAGGGCCCUGAGCCACCUCCACCACCCCCAUUGCCUCUGACCCGGGACCCUGGCUCCCCUGGUCCCUUCGACUAUGUGGGGGGCCCACCUGCCGAGAGCAUCCCCCAGAAGACCCGGCGAACUUCCAGCGAGCAGGGUCGGUCUGAGGAGCCAGCCUCGUGCAAUGGGAAGCUGCCCUCAGGAGCAGAGGAGGCCGUGGCUCCUCCCGGAGGUCCUAGGAAGGAGGUGGCUGGCAUGGACUACCUGGCAGUGCCCUCCCCUCUCGGUUGGUCCAAGGCCCGGAUUGGGGGACACAGCCCCAUCUUCAGGACCUCCGCCCUACCCCCCCUGGACUGGCCUCUGCCCAGCCAGUAUGAGCAGCUGGAGCUGAGGAUCGAGGUGCAGCCAAGAGCCCACCACCGGGCCCAUUAUGAGACAGAGGGCAGCCGCGGAGCUGUCAAAGCUGCCCCUGGUGGUCAUCCUGUAGUCAAGCUUCUAGGCUACAGUGAGAAGCCACUGACCCUACAGAUGUUCAUUGGCACUGCAGAUGAAAGGAACCUGCGGCCUCAUGCCUUCUAUCAGGUGCACCGUAUCACAGGCAAGAUGGUGGCCACGGCCAGCUAUGAAGCGGUAGUCAGUGGUACCAAGGUGCUGGAGAUGACCCUGCUCCCUGAGAACAACAUGGCGGCCAACAUCGACUGUGCUGGAAUCCUGAAGCUCCGGAACUCAGACAUUGAGUUGCGUAAGGGUGAGACGGACAUCGGGCGCAAAAACACACGAGUGCGGCUGGUGUUCCGGGUGCACGUGCCCCAGGGCAGCGGGAAGGUCGUCUCCGUGCAGGCAGCAUCCGUGCCCAUCGAGUGCUCCCAGCGCUCAGCCCAGGAGCUUCCCCAAGUGGAGGCCUACAGCCCCAGCGCCUGCUCUGUGAGGGGAGGCGAGGAACUAGUGCUGACUGGCUCUAACUUCCUACCGGACUCCAAGGUGGUGUUCAUCGAGAGGGGCCCUGAUGGAAAGCUGCAAUGGGAGGAGGAGGCCACAGUGAACCGACUGCAGAGCAAUGAGGUGACGCUGACUCUGACUGUCCCUGAGUAUAACAACAAGCGGGUGUCGCGGCCAGUCCAGGUCUACUUUUACGUCUCCAACGGGCGGAGGAAGCGCAGUCCUACCCAGAGUUUCAAGUUCCUCCCUGUGAUCUUCAAGGAGGAGCCCCUGCCGGACUCUUCUCUCCGGGGCUUCCCUUCAGCAUCAGGCCCCCCCUUUGGCACUGACAUGGACUUCUCACCACCCAGGCCCCCCUACCCCUCCUAUCCCCAUGAAGACCCUGCUUAUGAAACUCCUUACUUGUCAGAAGGAUUCGGCUAUGGCACACCCCCUCUGUAUCCCCAGACGGGGCCCCCACCAUCCUACAGACCAGGCCUGCGGAUGUUCCCUGAGACUGGGGGUACCACAGGUUGUGCCCGCCCACCUCCAGUGUCCUUCCUUUCCCGCCCCUUCCCUAACGACCCCUACGGAGGACGGGGCUCCUCUUUUUCCCUGGGGCUGCCAUUCCCUCCUCCUGCCCCCUUUCGGCCUCCACUACCUUCAUCCCCACCACUUGAAGGCCCCUUCCCUCCCCAGAGCGGAGUUCAUCCCCUGCCUGCUGAGGGAUACAAUGAGGUAGGGCCAGGCUAUGGCCCUGGGGAGGGGGCUCCGGAGCAGGAGAAAUCCAGGGGUGGCUACAGCAGCGGCUUCCGAGACAGUGUCCCUAUCCAGGGUAUCACGUUGGAGGAAGUGAGUGAGAUCAUUGGCCGAGACCUGAGUGGCUUCCCUGCACCUCCUGGAGAAGAGCCUCCUGCCUGAACUACCGCCUGGCAGCCCUGCCCCAACCUCAGCCCUGCCACUUCUCCUCCUUCCCCGGUGGUGGUUCCAGAAGCUUGGGGCCCACUCUGGUCCCUACUUCCCCAGCUUCCGCCUGUCUCCCUGUCUUUCCACCUCUCCUUGAGCUGAGGUGUGGCCCCAGGCCUGGUGCUGCCAUGGAGGGCUGGGAGAGGGAGACCAUGGAGGAUCAGGAUGGGGGUGAAGACAGAGGCUGGGUGCCAGGACUGAAUGAAGAUGGUGUCUAGAUUUUGUGCAAGGCUAAGGUGCUCGGAGGCUGGGGACAGGCUGAUGGGUAAUAAACUGCUCACUGACCGGUG